GAUGAGCUAGGAUGGCGGUGCGUGCCGAGCGGCUGCAGCUGUGUGGCGGCCACGGGGGCCACGGCGGCGCGGCCCGCGGCCCGGCGCGCGGCGUGGCGGUGUACAAGCAGGCCCCGCAGCAGCCCAGCAGCCCCAGCCCGAGCCCCAGCCGGGCCCGGGCCCUGCGGCCCCUCAACGCGCUCGCGGCAGCCAAGCGAAAGAGUGCGGUGGAGCUGCUGCAGGAGUCGAAGGCCUUCUACGUCAAGUCGGACUGCGUCCGGGACAGGCAGCAGCGGCUGCAGCGGCCCACCUCCUCGCCGCCAUGCUCGCCCGUGCCCAUGGCGCCCCUGGGGCCGGCGGGGCCCGUGUCGGCGCCCAUCGCCGUCCCCAUGGGGCCGAUGGGCGUGACCAGCGCGGCGCUGCUCUCGCCGCCGCCCAGCCCCAUCCCCAUGUCGUCGCCCUGCACGCCGCUGGGCGCGGAGCCCAUGCCGCCGGCGCCCCCGGGCUUCCAGGAGGGCACGAGUGCCCUGUCGCCCCGCUCCCUCGUGAUGCCCAAGAGCCCUCGCCUGGGAGGCGCCGCGGGGACCACUUGGGCGCAACGGCGCGCCGCCUCGCAGCAGCUGCAGUCGGACCGCCUGCAAACCAAACUCCGGCGCCUGCUCAAUGCAGACUCCAAGGAGAAUGUGUACUAUGAUUCAUCUGGCGGUGGAGAUGAUGACGCUCACACGGUUGCUGGUGAAAGGGCAAUUUCUCGUUAUGGCAGAUCGAAUUCUCAAACACAUCAGGCGUGUCCUUCAAGGACAUGGUCUAACCAAACAUCAGCUUCUCUUCACAAAUCCCUACCUGACUUACAUUCCAGCCCAACUCCAACCCGACAUUCAGUCCCACGUUGGUCAUCUGACAAUAGUAGCAAUCGUGGUAGCUCAACCAGCAGUCAUAGUGGUGAUGGUUGUGGGUAUACAGAUUACAUUCAUAGAAGAAGUGGGAGUCAAAGGGGCAGUCGUUCUCUGCACUACUCUGGUGAUUCAAUGAGUGUUGUUUCUUCUGGUGGACGCACUCAUCAAAGUCAUAGAAGUCAGCCCGCUCCAGGACCUGCCACAAGAGAAAUGUGUGUGGGAGAAUUACGAAGGGGUAAUAGCUCAGGCUCAUCAUCUGGCACCCGUACUCACCGAAGUCAACCUGAGGGGCGGUCAAGAGCAAACACAGUUUCUGAAGCUUUGAUACGCCAGAGCAGUGGGGGCUCUUCAGCUGCUUUAAGUGGCAUGUCUUCCUGGUCUCCACGAUAUAGGUCAAGACCGACCUCACAAUACCAUAGCAUGCGCAAUACAAGUUUGGAGGAAAUGGAUGGAAAUCGUGCAAGUAGAGGGAGCCGUGGAAGUUUAGGUAGCAGAGGCAGCAGUCACAAAAGUGAUCAUGAAAAUUAUUCAUCUCCUCCACAAUGCUCAAGGGUUGCUGAACUCUGUUGGAAUUUUGAGCCACGGAGACCUAUUUUAAGGUCCAAGUCAGAUAUCAGUCACCGUUACUCAGGGUCUGUUAAUGUUCCUUUGUCUCCACCUUGCCAAGAUCCUGCUCAGCUUGAAAUUUUUUUCGAACAAUUAGGGUUGGACAAUACUGAAUUUCGGUAUGUUUCACGGACACGGUCAGACUCCUCUGAUUCCCCUGUCUUCUUCUCAAGUGUUAGUUCAGUAGAUUCCAACAAUGGCGGGUGGAAUGCACCAUGGUCUGCAAGUGGGCUUGCAACUAGUGCUGGAGGCACUACGGGUACCCCAGGGGGCAUGAUGGGCAGCGGCCAUAGUGGAAAGAACGUUGAACAACCAUCCAUUGUUGAGCGUAAUGCCCGUAUUAUUAAAUGGUUAUGCAACUGCCGCAAGGCUCAGAAAGAAAUGUUUCAAACACUUGGGAAUGGAAAUGUGAGCUAAACAAAGGUCUUCGUAAAUACCAUCAAGUCCAAAUACUGACAUUGUAAUACUGUUAUCUAGUAAACCAACACCAUUUUGGUAAAACUGUCAUAUCUUGUUUUUAAGCAUAAAAGUCGUCAUGGUUAAUCAAGAAAACUAUGGAAAUUGCUCAUAUUUCAAUUACAUUUUGUGACCUUAUAUGAAUAGGAUUUUAGCAUUUUUGCUGUAACAGUGCCUGUGGUUUCAGUUUCCAGAAAACUUAAUUUUCAAACCUCUGUACCCUCAGUGCAACAAGAAUUCAACCCUUCCGAUGCAAUAUUCCAAGCCAAAAGGGUUCAAUUCUUUUUGAGGUGUUAGUACGUACCACUGACUGCUAGGUAGCCUUUGUUUCAUAGAGAACAAACCAAUUUCUUGAUUUAGUCUUAAGAAAUUUUCUAUAAUUUUUAUAAUCUUCUUCUCUGACACAUUUUUAAAAAGCUGCUACUUUCAAGAUUUGUUGUUGUAUCCGUUUUAAUAAUUUUUUUGGUAUCAAUACCACCUUUUCAAUUUACUUAUUUUAAAUUGACUGCAAACAAUUCGAUCUUUGAAAAGAGAGUAAGGUAUUUUGUAAUAAAGAGUGUUGCUUUGAAAGUUGCCAUAAAUUUUUCAAAUUGGUGUUGAAUAGAAGAACUAGUCAGUUGGAUUUCUUGACUUAGUUGGAUUUCUUGACUUGGUUGGAUUUCUUGACUUGUUUUAUCCUUCCAAAGUCAUUUCUUCUUGUUGUUUGUUGAAUUUUUUAAGACCAUGGCUGCCUGACCCCAUAAGAGGGUUCCUAUUUUAUUCUUCUUGUAAAUUUUAGUCUUGUUAUAAUGUUGUGUAAUUUCAGUUAUUCAACUCGUAGCCUUGUAUACUCAUGCAUGCAAUCAUCUAGAGUGUUUUUGUCACUCUUUUGAGUAAUAAGACAAUGUAUUGUUUUCAAUAUUCCUUCAAUUUUGCUGUGAUACCUAUCUAAAAGUUGUAACCCCAUGAUAUUUACUCUGGUCACUUCGAUCAAUGUUCUCAAACCAUCUCUAAAGUCCUUUUUUUUGCCUAGACAAUUAUCUGGUUGAUUCAGAAACAAUAAGUAAAGACUGCUCUCCUACCUGGACACAAGCAGUCUGUCGUUUCGACUUCAGCUUUGCUUAAGAUGUACUGUUUACUUCUGAGGCGACGUUUUUCUUACUUUUCUCAAUAUUAGACCUAUGGGUAGUUUGUAGAAUUAAACGUAUGCAUGUGUAUAGUACUUCUACCCUUGUAUUUUUCAAAAUUGAUUUGCGCUGUUUGCGCUCCAGUAUUCUAAAAAAGGUGACUUGCUACUUGAACUCAGUCUAUUAACAUUCCUACAUUGUGCUCAUAAUGCUCAUACUAGUGGAUUUAUCUUCUGAUAUGUAUUUUCUAGGAGGUAGUAUAAUUAAAUGUAGCCCCUUGGGUAUCCACUUUUCAUUAACUAGUCUAGCUCAAACUUUUUUGUGCCCUGAACAAUUAUUCUGUUUCUCUGUAAUAGGGCAAAAUUUUGGAUAUAUGAACAUUUUAAAGUCUAUUUAUUCUGAGUGUCAUGGAGGAAGUAAUGAGAGCGCUAUUACAUGCUCAUACCUUCUAGUCAUGAUACCACUUUGAAAAUACUGGAUAAAGCAGCCUGAUAAUUUUCUGUGAUUGGUUCACAUUUUGUGAGCUAAAUAUGAAAUUAAUUAAUCUUCUGUUUUAACUAACUAUGUAAAUGUUCACAUCAAAUGGUUCCUUUCUAGUUUUCGAUUUUGGUUGCUUUUCUCUGAGGGUACAGUCCCUAAGCCGUCUUAUUUUUCUGUCUGUAUGAUUCUUAGAUGCUAUAAUACUAAUUUGUUGUUAGGUUGUUUUUUGUUUUGUUUUUUUAAUUAAUUACUUUUAAAUUGUGCCUCAUCUGCAAUGAUUGAUAAAUAGGGCUUCAGUUGGCGUGAAUUCUUGGGUAGGGUGUUCCCUCGAAAUUGAUGUCAGCUCUCCUUUGAUGGUACUGGUACAAACUACAUUGUGCAUUAAUCUAGUCCUUUUCCUUGAUGCUUUGUAUGCUGGAACUAAAGCAGGUGAAGUGUCAGUCAGAACUGUUAUAAUUAGAUCUUUCAAUUUGUAUUUGCUGGUAUCCUGUUAUUUGUUAUUCCAAGGCUAUCUCAACAAAUUAACUUAAACUUGUUAUUAAUAUUUUUUUCUGUUACCUUGGUUUACUUUUAAUGAAGAUUUUUUAUUCAUCUGUACUUACCCUAUGACCAAUUGGUUGCUGUACUUAAAUGGACAUACAACUAUCUCAUCCUGUGUUCUCCAAACAUUUUCAAAUAAGAGCUGACCAUGGCCAAUUUCUUAUGAAUAGUCGUUCUCAUUGGUAGAAUUUGUAAAUGUUGUUUUCCAUUACCUCAUUGUGGACUGUUUUUUUGUUGUUUUUUUUACAUAUUUCUCUCCAUAGCUAUGUGUCUUAACUUUUUUAAUUUAAAAUUUGUUGUUCUUUUGCACUUACAAUCCUUUUUGAAGUUGACCUUUGACUUUUCUAGGUUUACCAACUAUUGACUGUGGUCACUUAUGUAAAACAAAAUUUCAAGUAACUCCUCAACUGUUUUUGACUUAAAUUGUUAUGUGCAUAGCACGCCUUAAAUUCAUGAGAAUCAUGAUUGUUAUGAAAGUGUAUUACCAAUGAAUUAUUUACAAUAACUACUAUUAAUACAUCUCAAUAUUUUCUAGCUAGGAACUAUUCUUAUAAAGAAUAAACAAUGAAAAUUUUCCUUUUAAA